AUGGUAUUGUUUCGUGAUUGGCUAAUCGACUGCAAAGUGGCUGUAGAGGACAGUGGAGACGAGGCAGGAGAAGACGUGCACUUCAAUCCGUUCGAGUCCCUUUUGCAGCAGCAGCAGACAUUGAUACAGAAGACGACAGAGGCGGUAACUCCACGUACUGAAGAAGUUGUGACUUGCUGUAGUGAUACAGAAGCGCCACACGAUGAUUCGAGUCGGACAGUGGCGACUGGUAAUCAGUCAAAGAAGAAAAAAACGAAGGAGAAGAGAGGGAGUGGACGACUUGUCAGCUGUGAAAGCAGCUCAUGCGACAGCUACAGCAAUCGAGGACUUGCGUGCUCGAUAUUGAAACCGAAUCGAACGUCUGAUAAGCUCAUUGCUGACGUCAAUACGCGCGUCGACAGGAAGCUGGGUUUUGAGACAGCAGAAUCAAGACCAGCGAGGUGGAGCUCGAAAAAACCAUCAGCUGUAGACACCAAGAACCGCCGCAAGUCGCUGAGUGGAAUUCAGAGGCGACGCUCACAGGUGGGGGCGGACGAUGCAAAGAGGUGGGCGCAUCAUUUACCUUUUACUGGAUGA